AUGUUUCAACGACUCCGCGACGCAAUCGACUCGCGAAUCGCAGAGGAACAAGCUCGACAGAGGUCAUCUCAAGAAUCUCUCGCGCGCUCGAAUUCAGCUCGUCGCCCCCCGGGUCGCAAUCUAUCCCCAAGCCAACGUUCCUCCCGCACACGGCGAAACACCGGAACGCCUGUACGCGGACCAGAUCCCACCGAGUUUGAGCCGGAAUUUGCUAUCGGGGAUGAUGACGCCUCUACCCUAUAUAGCAGGUCGUCAACCCCGAAGCCGGAGUCAACGGAGGCGUCGGACAAUGCCAAGGGGGAGAGAUCCGCCGAGAAAUCCGGGGACACCGAGGGAGCUGUGGACAACACGGUAAAUGGAAAGGACAACACACCCGCCAGGGAAACGGCUCAACCGUCUGCGGAGCUCCCGCCAGAGGUGAGAGCGAAGCUGCGGAAGUUGAACAAGCUGGAGUCGCGUUACCAGGAGCUUCUCAAGGCUUAUCGAGCUGCCCAUUCCCGAGUCUUAUCAAUCGAACCCUUCGAAGCCGCCUUGCGGGAAAACACUCCGCUAGCAUCAAUCGCCGACCCGAAAGCCCUGACCGAGUACCUGAACCAGAUAUCCCUCAAGGGAGAUUUAGUCUUGGAGGAGCUGAAACGUGUAACAACCGAGCGAGACGAAUUCAAGAAUAAACUCGGAGAGUCGCAAAAGGCCGAAAAAGCUGCGCAAGAUGAGAUUAGCAGCCUCAAGGAAGCUGCCAAGCAAGAAGGGUCGAAAAAGGAUGGCGAAGGCAGCGCAUCAUCUCCCAAGCAAUCCGGCGAGGAGGCGAAGGCGGAGAGUGAGGAAUUCUUUUCCUUCGACAAUGAACUCCCUCGUCUAGAGUCGGAACUGAAGGAGAAAGAGGAGCAAAUUGAGAACUUGAAGUCACAAAAUGAGAACCUGAAGCGCGACCUGGCAGUUGCACGCGAGUCAACCGAGGGCAUGGUCCAUAACCUGGAAUCCGCUACGCGAGAGCUUACCGAGCUGCGUGAUUUCAAGGAUAAGCAGGAAUCGGAAGUGGAAGCUCUCAAGACUUCACGCCAAACGGAGAUCGACGAGCUCAAGUCCAAACUGGAAGCCUCUGAAUCCACUCUAACUGAGACAACCGCCGAGGUCGAAAAGCUAAAGAUUGAUUUGAAACAGAAGACCGAUGAGAUUGAACAGCUACAGAAGCAAGCCAGUCAACCUGCGAGCGCUGAUCAACAAGCCGAUCUGGCAUCAAAACUUGAGGAAGUCAGCCAAGAAAAGGAUGCCAAUGAGAAGCGGCUCGGGGUACUGCAAGGACUGGUAGACAAUCUUCGAACGCAGCUGAAGGAGACUCAGGAGACGAUGUCAACUCUAAAGGCAGAUGUGGAGCAGAAAACGCAAGAUUCUGGCAAAUUAAAGAACAUUGUUGAUUUCCUCGACGGGAACAUGCAGGGUAACACGAAAUGGCAAGAAGCCAAGGAGAAGGUCAUUAGCGGGCAAAAGGCCGACUUUGAAGAACUUCGCCAGACAUUGGCCCCCUCGCCUACUCCAGAAGCAACAACGGAGAGUGCCGAGCCCGUACAGCAACCUACCAACGCCGCCCCGAGUACCGGUGCAGGGAAGAAGAAGAAUAAAAAGAAGAAGAAAGGUGGUAAAGGCGGCGACGAUGCCAGCAAACCGUCAAGCCCUGUUGAUGCCGAACCCACCCAGACGGCACCUCAACCCGCCGAACCAAGCUCAACCGUAGCUGAGCUCGAGAAAAAGAUUGAGGAACUGACGCAGCAACUCAAAGAGAAGGAGGCCGCCAUUGAUCGUCUCGAUUCCAAGCUCAAGGGCGAGGAGGACUUGAAGGAGGAGAUCGAGUCCCUGCGCGAUGACCUUCUCAAUAUCGGCCAAGAGCACGUCGAAGCCAAGGACAAGGUCAAGGUGCUCACGGCAGAGAAGACUGCUCUGGAGGGAACCAUUGCCAAGUUGGAGAAGGAGAUUACAGAUUUGCGCGCAAACAACGCGUCAACCACUGCAACCUCUGCGAAGGCCCAUAAUGACCUUAAGGGUGAGUAUGAGAAUCUCAAGGUGAAGUUCACCACACUCGAAACCGAACUUUCUGCCGCACAGCAGCUAGCGACGACGCGAUUCAAGGACCUCACUGAAUUACGAGAGUCCAUUCAGAAGAUCCAGCCCGAGCUCAAGAAGCUGAGAGCUGAAAGCACGGAGCUCAAGACGACCAAGGAUGAGCUGAAGAGCAAGACCGCCGAGCUGCGGACACUGGAGGGCAAACACGACGAUUUGCAGGCAGAGCUGAAGACCCUCAAGUCAUCAGUCUCGGAUCGCGAGACAGAGGUGAAGACCCUGAACCAGAAGAUCAAGCAAGAGCUAGAAAGCCGACUCAAAGCCGAAGAGAGCUUGACCGUCGCGCAGUCCGACUUGCGAUACUCGGAGAGCAGGAAGCAGGAAGCCGUCGAGGCCAGGCAGAAGGUCAUGUCGGACUUAUUCAAUGUCCAGGACGAGUUGAAGACUGCGCGCGCUAAGUUGCGAGAGUAUGAGCAACAAACUGGCCAACUCAACAAGGACCUUGAAGGACUGAAGGAGGAGAUGCAAUUGAAGACAGCUCAGCACGCCAGCGCACAAAGUCUGAUGAACAGUAUGCGCGAUCAGGCCUCAGAGCUUGGCAUGCAGAUGAAGGAAGCUCGAGAGCGGUGUGAAAGCCUUGAAGAAGAGUUAGCAGAUGCACAUCGUCUUCUCAGCGAGCGAACACGCGAGGGCGAAACCAUGCGGCGACUUCUCAAUGACAUCGAGGGCCGUACCGAAGCCAAGACUCGCGACUUAAAGGAGAGGAUGGAGGCAGCUAUCGAAGAGCGAGAUCGCGCCGAAGACGAAGCUAGCGCGCAAGGCCGACGCCGCGCUCGCGAAUUAGAAGAACUCAAAACGAAGCUCCGGGAAGUCGAGAAGUCACUACGGAGUGCAGAGGAAGACAAAGAGGAGCUGGAGCAUUCACAGAAGGACUGGAAACGGAGACGAGAUCACCUUGAAGCACAGACCGAACGAGCUACACAGGAGCUUCACGAUGUCCAGCAGGCCAUGGCUCGAUUACGGGAGGCUCUAGACGAGAGCGAGAAACAGGUCCGCGAUUUAGAGAAGGAGAAAGCCGAGUUGCGCCGGUCAGUCGAGGAAACCAACUCUCGCCUGGAGAAGAUGCGCAAAUCAAACAGUAAAGUGUUCUCCGAGGACAGUCGCUUUGGCGUGAACCCACAGUCAUCUCGCUCGUCGAUUGAUUCCGGCCCUCGAAGAGGAGUCACUUCUCCGAUACCAAAGACCCGCAGUCCGUCAACGCAGCGAAGCGAGACGCCCACUGGCGGCAUCGACUACAUCUACCUGAAGAACGUGCUUCUUCAGUUCCUGGAACAAAAGGACAAGAACUACCAGAAGCAGCUUAUCCCUGUCCUUGGGAUGCUUUUGCACUUUGACAGGACGGACGAGCAAAAGUGGAUGGCAGCCAUCACCUCGAAGUAG